UUCGUGUAUAAGUGAUGGUCCGGGAUAUUCACUAACGCACUGACAGUAUGUGUUUCUCUAAUGAUAACAACUUAUUCCAAAACCCCUUUUACUAUUGACUUAACGUAAACUCUGGUAAUAAAUAAUAAAGUAUUUUAUGUUUAACUAAUAAGUAUUGAAAGAAGACAUGUCUUCAUCAAUAAGUUUUGACGAGAUUUUAAUGAAAAAAUUUGUCGAAAAUACUCCGCAAACCCAAUCAUUGCUCAGCCGUUGGGCUAAUGGGCUCUCACUAAAUGAUUCCGAUGUUUGGCAUAACUAUCCGGGACUUCCGUUUGCGCUCAAUAUUGAAGCCAAUACUAUUGGAGAUACACAUAGGUUAUGGAUAGGAGAGAACUGGCACUUCACGAUUUGGGUGUCGAUCGUAUAUAUGGUGGUCAUAUUCCUGGGCGCCCAAUAUAUGAAGACAAGGCCUGCGUUCAAUCUGCGUCGAGCACUGGCCAUAUGGUCGGCUUCGUUGGCCGUGUUCUCCAUAAUAGGCACCAUUAGAUGUGUGCCUGAGUUCAUCGAUAUUCUCUAUAAUCGGGGUUUCUUAGAGUCCUUCUGCAACAACUCGUACAAAGACGACAGUCGUCUGGUGUUCUGGUAUCUGGUGUUCAUUUGGUCGAAAGUGGCCGAAUUGGGUGACACGGCGUUCAUUGUGCUGCGCAAACAGAAGCUCAUUAACCUUCAUUGGAUUCAUCACGUGCUCACACUCUGCUAUUGUUUCUUUGUGUUUCCCGAUGAACCGGGAACUGCCCGAUGGAUGGUUGGUAUGAAUUAUACAAUUCAUUCAUUGAUGUAUACAUACUAUUCGUUGCGGGCCUUAAGGAUACGUAUACCGCGUGGUAUAUCGAUGACGAUAACAAUUGCCCAAAUCGUGCAAAUGAUAUUCGGUCUCAUAAUAAAUAUCAUAUCGUUUAAGUACGUGGCGGAGGGCACCCACUGUGAUAUGACGGUCCCCACAGCCACCACAGGGCUCGCGCUCUACACUCUAUUCUUCAUACUAUUCAUCAACUUUUUUAUCUACAGUUAUUUCGUUAGCCCUAAGACUAAACGCAUUGUCUUUAUUAAUGAUAAAAAUCACAACGAAAUCACAACUCUUAAGAAAUUUGAGUAGAAAUACAAAACACAAACAAAUGAAUUCAAUAAGUAUUCAAAACUUGAGUACAUUUCACAAUAGAAACCAUUG